AUGACAAACACAGAACCGGACUCAACCUGGAUCCUUCACGUCGACGGAUCAUCGUCCAAACAAGGAUCCGGGAUCGGAAUCCGGCUCACGUCUCCGACCGGCGAAGUCUUGGAACAGUCGUGCCGAUUGGAAUUCCAUGCGUCGAACAACGAGGCCGAAUAUGAAGCACUCGUCGCAGGAUUACGAUUAGCCCAUGGGCUUAAGAUCCGCAACAUUCACGCUUACUGUGACUCUCAGUUAGUCGCAAAUCAGUACAGCGGAGAAUACGAAGCGAGGGACGACAGAAUGGAUGCAUAUCUAAAACUCAUCCAAGACCUCUCCCGAGACUGCAACCACUCCGCCCUCACUAGGAUUCCUCGCUCGGAAAACACUCAGGCGGAUGCCUUGGCCGCACUCGCAUCAAGUUCGGAUUCUGGACUAAGACGAGUAAUCCCCGUCGAGUUCAUCGAACAGCCAAACAUCGGACCACCAGUGGUCGCCAAUCUGAUUCGAGCACAAAUCGAAAAUGCGGAGGAAGUCGAAGACCCACCAGAAGAAAAUGUGGAUCAGUCAGAAUACGGCUGCGACAGCCUAUGGCUAGAGCCAAUCCGAGCAUACAUAAUCAACAGAUAG